AUGGGUGUCGACACCCGCAGGCCGAUCUUGCCCGCCCCCACUGAAUCCAUCGUCGAUACCACUGGCGGCAGUGUUACAGGGACUGAUUUAGCCACUGACCUCUCUCGACGCACAGACAAGACGUCGUACUCAAUCCCAGACGACGGAAGCCCCGUAAUCAUCUCCACCCGGCGGAGACACCGUGACCGGGGCGACGAUUCCAAACUGUCUCGCUCAUCGCAUCACUCCCAGACCUCCCUUCUUAUCGAGUACUUCGAAGGAGGGAAGGGUUCUGGUUCCUUGACCUCGCGGCCAAGCGUCCGUGUCCGAGUGACUCCCUCGUCGGCUCGGAAGGCGAAAGAGCAAAAAGAUCAUAUCCAGAUCAGCGAGUCAAGCGGGAACCGAAAGCCGGUCUACUCGCGCCGCAUUUCAUUCAGCUCCCCUUCGAAGCACAAGUCCCCGAUAGAGCCAGAUGAUAACAGUAUCUCGUCCUCCAACUCUGCUAUUGACGAGAAUCACCACUCGUCUCGGCAUCCCCCGGUGGAAAUCGAAUUCGUGAAUCGGGACCAGGGCAGUGAGCUGUCCAGCCUUUCGCGGGACAGGUAUAUCCAGCCAACAUCGGAUAUCUCGUCGAUGCCCGCGGAUAGCAUGCUUGAAGCCUCCUCUGCUGGUCCACGACGCAAACGAAGCUCGAGUCUUAAUAGGAAACACGAUCACGAACCCAAGGACUAUCUCAAGACGCCGACCCGCCAGAGAAGCCGCAGUCUGAGUACGGAGAGAAUCGCUCAUCGAGUAGCUGAGAAAUUGAGCAACGAUCCACGCGACCGCGCCACCAGCAAGAAAAGCAGAGCCUACCGAGACGACGACAUGGCGAGCCCUGAGUCCAGUCUAUUGAGCGCUUCAGCGGUUUCUCACCGCAAAUCCGGCGACCAAUACUCUUUCCGGUCGGGAACUUCCAAAUCGUCCAUCAACAAUCCAAAACUGCUUGAGACGGUUGAGGAUGCGAUCAGACGAUUGAUUUUGCCCGAGUUGAAGGAACUCAAAAAGGAUCAAAGGGUCAUCUCUAACACUUCCAAAUUUGAACGUGAUAUGAAUGCCUCCUACACCUCCUCUGCCAGCUCCCCGUCUCGGGAUGAGCUGGGUAGGCGUCUGUCCAAGCAUGCCAGUGCGCCAGAUGUGAUGAAACCAAAAGUUGUCCUUAACAAGGGUAGCAGGGACGAAGGGAUCAUACUCUCGGGCGACCCUGUGCCGGCAACGAAGGAGCGCCGACCUAGCAAGGACAGCGAGAAGAAACUCGAACCGACCUACGCCGUCUGGGGCAAUCGGCCCGAGCUGACCGAACAAGACAAGUUGCGGCGACAGAAAAGCAAAGGAUUGCGCCAUGCGGAAGAGGCCGCGAUUGUAGGGACUGCACUGACCGCGGCCGCGCUGAGACGUCAUGAAUCGCAGUCCAGCAUCGACAAGGAUGAAGGCAGAAGAAGUGGCGACACGGACCGCGCAGAGGGCAUCAAUGAAACUGAGCUCGUUUUCCAAAAACAUAACGUGGCGCCCAUGCCGUUGCGCAGUGCCGUCGAGACGGAAUUGACCCGGGACUCUCUAUUGUCUCAACGGACCGUAGAGACUGAAACUCCACACAAAGAAAGCAAAGUCCAGGACGUAUCUCGCAGCUCGCCUUUGCAAGUUAAUUCUCCUACCUCUCACACUCCCAAUCAGACACCCCUGGGCUCGCGGCAUGAAUUGGCGCUGAAACACAGCAACCUCUCACAACACAAUCUCUCAUUGCACAGCACUUCAAAUCCUUCUCUUCACGAUCGGGAUCACUCGCCCGUCAGCGAGGCUGCUGCUGGGGCUAUUGCUGCUGCGGCAGCGGCUAACCUUUUAGACGUUCAUUCCCACCGUCGAGACUCCGACUUCAACAAUGACUCGCGCCGACGCACGCUCAGUCCUAUCCAGAGCGUAGCCAGCUAUCAGAGUGACUCCCAACCCCAGCAGUAUGCCUCUCAGCAUGAUCAACAUGAAUAUUCUGAGGGCGAGAGGGAGCUGGAGCCACGACUGUCGAUUGAAUCGCUCUCCUCGGCGCCAAGCACGAGCCUCGCGCGGUCAACACGACUAGACGGCUUGACAAGUCAUAGUGAGAUUCUGAAACAUCGGGACGAAAUCGAUCAUGAGUUGGGAUAUGAGGAAACGCCGAGGCUAACACCCCAUAACGAGAGUUGGCAUGAAGACUCGGAAUUAGACGGUCCCAAUAACCGACACUCUAUGGCAGACACUAUUGACAGCGAGGGCAAACGGUUGACCAAUUAUACUGAUGAAAGCGAAGUCAGCUACAUCAAAAAAAUUGACCAAGCCCAGCGUGUUGCUCAGGGCAUUGGUGCAAAUCCUCAAUACGUCCAACCCAUUGCUGUUGAAUCAGCGGUUGCUUCGCUCCUUGAUCCUUCAAUUCUGGAUACCAAGUCCAAUCAGUCAGGCGGGAACCUUUCACAGGAGAAUCUGCCUCGCAUACAAUAUGACCGCAGCCCUGAGCCGCACCAGAAAACAACUCGUGGGUCUCGCCAGGGAAGUCCUCUCAAGCAACGCCAAGAUGCAUCCAGUCCGGAUGAAACCUCCUUCCCGAGAAGAAUGGGCGCCACGUCGCCUCCCCAAAGUGUGACUCAGUCGCUUGAGGAUCAUACCCAAUCGCCCCAAAUAUAUGCUGAUGAGCACCGCAGUGCAGGAAGUCCCAUAGGUGAGGGUCGCGACGUGAGCCCAGACUCUGAGUCGGAAAUCAAUACAAAUCCUUCCAUCAUCCAAGGUCCGAUAGGGGGUGUUGCUCAGGAUAGCAACUGGACGUAUCACCAGACACCGUCAAAGGGUGAACAGUCGCCGCAUUACCAGAACGCUGACGCAGGUGCCGGUAGAGCGGGCCUAGGAGUAGAGUCUAUGGAUCACCAUGGUUACAACAAGGAUUACUACGCUGCGGACGACUACGGACCUGACAGCUACUUUGAUCAACCGUAUGCUGGUGGUCACAUGUUUGGCUCCCCUUUGGGUGUCAAGGACGAGGGUUAUGUAUCCGCCGCCAAUCCUCUGUCACCAGGUGGCGAUACUCCCGAGCCGGUCAGUAAGGGGUUUGGUGGAAUCGAUGCCAAUGGCAUGGGCCUUUUCGAUACUCCUCUGGAGGCGGACGACCCAACGGGGCCUUCUCACCAGAGGAACCUAAGUGGCUAUUCACACGGCAUUGGUUCUCCUUUGUAUGAUAGCGCAACAGGGAGAGGUAUCGACAGAAUCCAGUCGAAAGAUAUCAUUGCCCUUAUGGAUCAUCUCACCGUUCGCGACGCUCAGCGUAAUGCCAGGGAUACUGAGAUCCUGGUGACUCUCGUCAGAAGUGCAGCGGAGAUGCGCAAUUCAUUCGAGGAAAUGAAGAAGUUCAUCGCUCAACAGGACGGCAUGAUCAUGGAGGCCAGCGACAAGCAGCAUGAACGUGUAUACAAAGCUAUCGGUGGACCGCGCCCACUACCUGCCAGCGGCUCAAGGAACUUCCGUCAGGCUGCGGAGGAUAUGGAGGACAUGCGUUCGAAGCGAAAGAGCAUAUUCAAACGGGCGCUCAAGGGGCUGAGUCUCAAGUCUUCGAAUGAUUUGACCAAGAUCGAGGAGAUGCUGGAACAGCUUCUCGAGGAGGUUGAAGCCCUGCGCGCAGGUCAAGACGACAGAUUCGCCCGCAGCGUCAAUCGAACAGCGAGUGUAGAUCCGGAAGGGUACGAGCCUGAGGGUCUCGCCGGUUCUGGCUCUCCAGGAACAGGAUACCUCUCAACAUCGUCUCGACCUUUUCAAGAAUCUCGUAGCAAUGGACAAAGAGAGCUCGAGAACCGCGUUAGCACCGUCCCAGAAGGCGAUGAGGACGACGAUUACGACGAUCGCGGAGAGUUUCUGAGCCCGAACUUGCAGGAGAACGCGAAUGGCCAUCAUGAGAGAGCUGAAUCUGCGCCCCUUUCAACUCCACCUCGAGUGCCGGUGGCUUCGGGCGCUCUCAGCAACGAGACUAGCCCCAAGACGGAAAGGGCACGUAAGCACAAGUCGAGCAGCUCUUCCUUCUUUCCCAAGAUCUCCAGAUGGUCGAAAACCACCGCAUCUUCUAUGGGAGAUAAUAUCCGCAACAGCCUCCAACCCGGACGCAAGGAACGCCCGUACUUCGAUGCGUCACGUUCUGGAUCCGAUGUCAACGGGCCCUACAAGACGGCUGACUGGUACGAUCCGGAAGGCGAUGACCGGCUGCGGUCCAACUACACCCUGAACGACCAGCAGCAGGAGAAUCGACCUCCGUCGCCUCUCGUCCCAUCACAGGUUUCUGAGGCUCCGAAGUACCGCGCUCAUCGCGACAGUCUCGAUCUGCAGCAUCCCCAACCGCGCCAAGGGCCUACCGGGCGCUACCAAUCCCAGCUGGAGACGCAGGCGCAGAUUUACGGAAUGCCAAUGACCGGGGCGACUUCGGAUCAAUGGGGUUCCAAUCCCAGCAUGUCUGCCACUAAUCCGAAUCAUAAUCGGUACAGUGGCGCCAGUCGACUUUCACCGAUUUCAGAUACAGGCUACUCGCAAACAAGUUCGAGAGCUGGGCAACAGGGGCCCCAGAGACCACCCAAGAUCCUGGACGAGGGUCCGCUCGUCCCUGAGAGGCCCCCCAAAGUUAAGGCGGAGGAGCGGUCGUACGCGGAGCGCGUUGCCUCCCAGAGUUCUGCUAUGCGUUCUCCACAUGGCACGCCCUCUCCCCGCAAACCUACCGGGCCUCGACCUCUCAACUCCGGCUCCCAAUACAGCCCGAGCCGCAGGAAGAGGAGUCAGUAUCGAGCAAGCCCCGACCAGGUUGAUGUUGAACACAACCAUUGA